AGGGGGAGGGAAAUAAUUCUUCAAAACAGAAAAAAUCAGUCUUCUCUGCUCCAGUCUGUGGAAAAUCCAACAAGGACAUUGACAAGAGGGUAUUUUUAGGAAACCCAUCCAAAUAUACAGGGUAAGAGUGAAUGUGAGAAAAAAAAAAAAAAAAGUUGUGGGUUGUAGAAGUUAUCAAGUGGGAUUUGCGGCGCUCUCUGCAGGAAACGCAAGCGGCUCCAGUUCAAAGCCACAUGCACCAACGUGACAUAUAAGCCAUUAAAAUAUCAUCCUGACGGCUCAUUUCUGCUUCAUCAUACAUUCCCUAACUGCUUCCCGAAAGCUGGAAACGGAGACAUGAAGGAUGACCGCCUCGAUGGAACCACAAAAGGAAGGCUUAGAGGGGUUUGUGGUACCCCCUCAGCCACCCCGAAGUGAUGUGCAGAAAUGAGGUGAUCCUGGCAACAGGUGGAGCAGGGUUUAGGGUAGAAGGCAAAUACCAGUGUGACCGCGGAGGUGCUCCCAACUUACUCCAUAUCUGGCCAGCUGAUGUAGGAAGACCGCGUCAGGAGCAUGCAUCUGAGGGGAAAACAGCGCCCUGUUCCAGUAUCCUGUAUCCUGGGGAUCUUGGGUCUAGGGAUCUGAGUGUGGGGGCUCCAAAAUUUUAUCACUCCUGCUAACUGAGUGAGAUAGCUGGCUUGCUAAGUGGUGUCAGAAUUAGAAACAAAAGACGUGUAUCCUGCUUCUCAGCACAGGCCAGGCAACUGAGUUGCUACAAGCUCCUUAAAGGUCUCUGUUGCUCGCCCUCAUCCAACCUCUGCGACACUUAUUUGCAUGCCUACAGCACCGCUUGUAAUGCACAAAGGGCUAAGACCUGGGGGCAGAAGUGACCCAGACCUAUUAAAAGUUGGGCUGGGGCAGAAGUGGGUGGACAGAGGUCUCUUGGGAACCUCACACCCAUUUCCCUCAGAAGCAAAAAAGUAAAUUCUAUUAUUGCCAACCAACCAGGAUUUGUCGGUGCCAGAUAUCCUGCCAUGAGGAGAUUUCAGAGCGAGGACACCCAGCAUGCUGCCUUUCUGUAGGAAUGCAAAGUUGGGUUUCCUUUCUUUCCUGAUCUGUGCUGGAAGGAGCUUAUUACCUUGGGGAAACGAUGCCAUUUGGUUAGAAAGAAUUGAAAAUAAAUAAAAUCCUCUGAGAAAAGGCUCAAAAUCAGAAAAUGAGAUACAAGACCUCAUUGGUGAUGAGGAAACGAUUACGGCUUUACCGAAACACACUGAAAGAGUCCAGUAGCAUCUCCGGACACCAUGGCCCCCAGCUCGCCACCGCUUCCAGCCCCUCGGUGUACCCAGGCCUUCAUGAGCAGCCUCAUCAGGCCUCGCACAGCCGUCCCCUGAACGGACUGCUGCGUCUGGGGCUCCCCGGAGACAUGUACGCGCGGCCCGAGCCCUUCGCGCCAGGGUCCACAGCUCACAGCGAUGCCCUGGGAGCUGCUGCCGCCCUGCACGGCUACGGAGGCAUGAACCUGACCGUGAACCUCGCCGCGCCCCACGGCCCUGGCGCCUUCUUCCGCUACAUGCGCCAGCCCAUCAAGCAAGAGCUCAUCUGUAAGUGGCUGGCGGCCGAAGGCCCUGUGUCCCCGCGCCUCUGCUCCAAAACUUUCAGCACCAUGCACGAGCUGGUCACGCAUGUCACCGUGGAGCACGUCGGCGGCCCGGAGCAAGCCAACCACAUUUGCUUCUGGGAGGAGUGUCCGAGACAGGGCAAGCCCUUCAAGGCCAAAUACAAACUUGUAAAUCACAUCCGCGUGCACACGGGCGAGAAGCCCUUCCCCUGUCCUUUCCCGGGGUGUGGGAAGGUCUUUGCUAGAUCAGAAAAUCUCAAAAUACACAAACGAACUCACACAGGCGAGAAACCCUUCAGGUGUGAAUUCGAGGGCUGUGAGCGGCGCUUCGCCAACAGCAGCGACCGCAAGAAGCAUUCGCACGUGCACACGAGCGACAAGCCUUACACGUGCAAGGUGCGCGGCUGCGACAAGUGCUACACGCACCCCAGCUCUCUGCGUAAGCACAUGAAGGUGCACGGUCGCUCGCCGCCUCCCAGCUCCGGCUACGACUCUGCUACACCAUCUGCCCUCUUGUCGCCCUCAUCGGACUGCGGCCACGAGCCCCGGGUGGCCUCCUCAGGGGCGGUGGCGGUGCGUGGCUCGGACCUGAGCGAAUGAUGUCCACCGCGUCGUUCGCAAGGUAAUCUCGCCCUGCGCAGCUGAGCAACCGCAUCUUGUGCCUCCAACAUCAAAGGGCCCGCACACAAAGCAGUGUUUCUUCGCCACGGUGCAUCUUCAUGGUAAGUUAGGAUUUCUAUGGCAAUGGGCAAGUCGCACUGAAAUCCUGAAAGGCCGAGCCUGGAGCCCGUCCAGGCUUUUCAUUAAGGACAUAAUAUUUACGUCUAACAGGCCUUUUUUCUUGUGUAUACAAGUAUAUAUUUUUGUUUGACGCGGACUAAAUCAUUUUCAUUUAAUUUCCGGUAAACAAAACCCACGCGAAUGGGCACUUGUUCCCGAUCAUAAUAAAAAUGGAUAAUAAUGUGAAGGAAGAAAAGGGCCGCUUGAAUCGCUGCACAGCCCUCUUUGUUUCUGCUUUCUGCGGUGAUCAGAGGGCGCAUUUGGUUUUGAUGGCGAGUUUCUAAAGGCGAGGAAAUGGUUUGUAAGAGGGGAAAGAAAAGGAGAAAGGUCUAAUCAAGCUCGGGUUGUUCAAAGAGUCGGGUUUUGGGGUUGAAAGUGUGAGUUUGACGGUGCAUCAGCAUGCCGCGUUAGGCUCGCCAUGGAAAUGCGCGCGGGGAGCGGCCCCUUCAAAGGCGGCACACUUCACUGCAGACACUCUAUUAAGAUACAUUUGCGCUGACCUUUGCUUUCACGCCAUUUAAUACUGUCACUGUGCUCUUCAGUAUAUACUUCCUCUCUAGGACCUGCCUCGCCUGCGUUUAGGGGUUCACCCAGCACCCUGAUGUAGGGGGCUUUGUCACCUGGGACGCUUUCAGGAAAAAGAGGAGCGGGACUCCACGCAUCUUGACUGCUCCCAAAAGAGGCUCCAGGGUCAGGAGUAAAGGACUUUAGGGCAGCAUCAGAAACUUAACAAAUUCACUUCCCUAGCUCAGUUUUGUUCAAAAUGCCCCUCAGGAAUCUUGAGAAGGACGUGGGUUUGAAUUUGAUGGGGAAUUGUGGGAAGGAGGGCCAUCCUGAGCAAGUUGAAGGGAAUUUAGAGAAUGCCCUAGGGACGUUUCUAUGCUGGCAUUCAGCUCUAUCCUUCUGCUCCUCCAGCCCUUACAGCCCCCUAAACCACUUUUCUCCUGGGACUGAGGUGUCAUAUCCUUAGGCCUUGGUUGGUCCUGGGCUUAAACUCAAAAGCCCAAGGCCAAGGGGAUGGGGAAGAUGGCAGGAAAGUUAGAAGUCCAUGUUCUCUUAAUUGUCUUGUUGUUUAUUUUAUCCAAGUACCCCAGUGAAUAGGGGAAAAAUAAACACAGUGAAAAAAAAUCAAACAGUGGAGUCUUCUUUAGUGCCAGUCCUUGUGGUUGAAUAAAAAGGAUGGUCCGCUUUCUAUUGAGCUGAGAAAUCUUUGAAGUGGGAGUUAUUAUCUGAGACAUUCCUUCUUGUUGUCCUAACAACGCUGAUGAAACGUAAAAGGUUCUUUGUCAGCGAUUUGUUCUCCUCUCUGUCAAACUCCCUCUACCCCGUUAGUUUCAAACCGUUUCUAAAGAGAUAAAAUCAAACUUCUUUUUAGAAAAUAUCUACACACUCCACCAACAGACAACUUUAGGAAUAAGUCUUGCUAAGGGAAAAACAAAAGCACUGCCUAACCCUCAGGGUCAGGAUCUGGUGAAGUGUGCAGAUGUGUGUGUAUGGGGGGGGGUGCUUUUUACACCAGUUGUGGUAGGUGGGGAAAAGAAUGCAGAGACGGUGCAGGCAGAGGGUUGGUACCCUAAAUUCACACUUGUGUGCCUGUGCUUCCUGCUCUGAUCUGCACUCCCUCAGCCCAGGUUGGUUCACCUGAAUGAGCUUCCUUUGGAGACAUGUCAGGCUCUGAAUAUUCCUGUCUGAGAUUCUGGGAAGCUAAGGUUUUAACCAAACAAUUGUUAUUAUUUCCUGUUCUUUCAAAGGCAUCUCUGCUAAAAAUAGGUCCAUUGUGUUUCUUCCCACUAGCUGCAGUUAGCAAACCCUUUCUGCCAUGAACCAAAAGGCAGUGGCAUGAGGAAGAAAGACAUUUAAAUAAUUUUUUGUUUUUUCCACAAUCAUGACAAUUGGAGUUGAGAAGGUUUGUUCUACAAGAUAGUGACCAAAAAGUGCAUGCAAAUGUCCACUGUCCCUUCAUCAACCUGUGCGAUUCUACAUUUUAUAUUGUGUCCCAAAAGAAACUUUCACCCUCUGCAAAUUUCCCUAACCUCUUGUAUAUUUAAAGGUGGUUUAAAUAAACACCCCACUCUGUGUGCUGACUAAAUGAUUUGUAAAGAAGUUUCCCCAAGCUGUAACCCAUGCUGUUAUUAUAGUUGCUGCAAAAUGUUGUCUCUUAUAUUGAUUUUAUUUGUUUACUGGAGGUCUCCAUAUGUUGGUUUAUACUGCUAAUUUAUGAGAAAAUGUAGUUUGCAAUGAAUGUGAAUUAUAGAGACAGGCAAACAUUUUGUAAUCAUAAUUCACACACACACACACAUGCAAAAGAAUGAGUAAAAACCUUAGACUAUUUGGUACCUUCUCUAGCCAUGCUGUUUGUGAUUUAUCAUCUGUCCUCCCUUUGUAACUGUUAAAUUAUGAACUAACUUGAAAGGAAAAAGUUGUUUUGUAUUUGACUGAAAGUGAUUGUUGAAUGAAAAAGGUGACAGUCUAGGCUUAAUCUUCUUGGAAUAUGUAAAUGUAAAUGAAAUAAAAACCUGUGACUCUUUUCCUCCAAAGGACUUUGUGUACAAUGGAGCUGCAUUUUUCUAUUUUAUUUGGAAAUAAAUGAUGUGUUUGCUUUCUCUUUUGAA